AUGUAUGCAAUGAUAAUCAUUUUUUGCUUUCGAUCACAACGUAUAUAUUAUUGUAAAUAUCUAUCUAUCUAUCUAUCUAUCUCUAUCAGUUCAUUUUUAUCUAUCUAUCUAUCUAUCUCUAUCAGUUCAUUUCUAUCUAUCUAUCUCUACCAGUUCAUUUCUAUCUAUCUAUCUAUCUAUCUAUCUAUCUAUCUCUACCAGUUCAUUUCUAUCUAUCUAUCUAUCUCUACCAGUUCAUUUCAAUCUAUCUAUCUAUCUAUCUAUCUAUCUAUCUCUACCAGUUCAUUUCAAUCUAUCUAUCUAUAUCUAUCUAUCUCUACCAGUUCAUUUCAAUCUAUCUAUCUAUCUAUCUAUCUCUACCAGUUCAUUUCAAUCUAUCUAUCUAUCUCUACCAGUUCAUUUCUAUCUAUCUAUCUAUCUCUACCAGUUCAUUUCUAUCUAUCUAUCUAUCUAUCUAUCUAUCUAUCUAUCUCUACCAGUUCAUUUCUAUCUAUCUAUCUAUCUAUCUAUCUCUACCAGUUCAUUUCAAUCUAUCUAUCUAUCUAUCUAUCUCUACCAGUUCAUUUCUAUCUAUCUAUCUAUCUAUCUCUACCAGUUCAUUUCAAUCUAUCUAUCUAUCUAUCUCUACCAGUUCAUUUCAAUCUAUCUAUCUAUCUAUCUAUCUAUCUCUACCAGUUCAUUUCAAUCUAUCUAUCUAUCUAUCUAUCUCUACCAGUUCAUUUCAAUCUAUCUAUCUAUCUAUCUAUCUAUCUAUCUAUUUCAACCAGUUCAUUUCAAUCUAUCUAUCCAUAUCUAUCUAUCUCUCACCAGUUCAUUUCAAUCUAUCUAUCUAUCUAUCUAUCUAUCUCCCCAUUCAUUUCAAUCCAUCCAUCUAUCCAUCUAUCUCUAUCCAGUACAGUUCAUCUUUUCAUCCAUCCAUCUAUCCAUCUAUCUCUACCAGUUCAUUUCAAUCUAUCCAUCUAUCCAUCUAUCUCUACCAGUCCAUUUCUUCCAUCUAUCCAUCCAUCCAUCCAUCUAUCCAUCUAUCUCUACCAGUUCAUUUCAAUCUAUCUAUCCAUCUAUCUCCACCAGUUCAUUCCCCAUCCAUCCAUCUAUCCAUCUAUCCCCACCAGUUCAUUCCCCAUCCAUCUAUCUAUCCAUCCAUCUCUACCAGUUCAUUUCAUCCAUCUAUCCAUCCAUCCAUCCCUAUCAGUUCAUUUAUCCAUCCAUCCAUCCCCACCAGUCCAUCCCAUCUAUCCAUCCAUCCAUCCAUCUAUCAGUUCAUUUCCAUCCAUCCAUCUAUCUCUCCAGUUCAUUUCUAUCUAUCCAUCUAUCUAUCCAUCUCUACCAGUUCAUUUUCCAUCCAUCCAUCUAUCCAUCCAUCCCACCUAUCUAUCUAUCAUCCAUCCAUCCAUCCAUCCCCUACCAGUUCAUUUCAAUCCAUCCAUCUAUCUAUCCCCACCAGUUCAUUUCAUCCAUCCAUCCAUCCAUCCCCACCAGUUCAUUCCAUCUAUCCAUCCAUCCCCACCAGUCCAUUUCCCCAUCCAUCCAUCCCCACCAGUUCAUUUCCAUCCAUCCAUCCAUCCAUCCAUCCAUCCCCACCAGUAUUCAUCCCCAUCCAUCCAUCCAUCCAUCCAUCCAUCUGUUCCUUUCUAUCCAUCUCCCCAUCCAUCCAUCCAUCUAUCUAUCAGUCCAUCUCCCCAUCCAUCCAUCCAUCCAUCCAUCCCCACCAGUUCAUCCCCAUCCAUCCAUCCAUCCAUCCAUCUACCAGUUCAUUUCCCCAUCCAUCCAUCCAUAAAUCCAUCCAUCCCCACCAUCUAUCUAUCAAUCAAUCCAUCCAUCCAUCUAUCUAUCUAUCUAUCUCCAGUUCAUUUCAUCCAUCUAUCUCACCAGUUCAUUUCAAUCCAUCCAUCCAUCCAUCCCUACCAGUUCAUUAUCCAUCUAUCCCUACCAGUUCUCAAUCCAUCCAUCCAUCCAUCUCAAAAGUUCAUCUAUCUAUCAUCCAUCUAUCUCCACCAGUUCAUUCAAUCCAUCCAUCCAUCCAUCCAUCCAUCCCCACCAGUUCAUUUCAAUCCAUCUAUCCAUCUAUCUCUACCAGUUCAUUUCAAUCCAUCCAUCCAUCUAUCCAUCAUCCCCACCAGUUCAUUUUCCAUCCAUCCAUCCCUCUACCAGUUCAUUCAUAAUCAUCCAUCCAUCCAUCUAUCUACCAGUCCAUUUCAACCAUCCAUCCAUCCAUCCCCACCAUCCAUCUCCAAUCUAUCCAUCCAUCCAUCCAUCUAUCAGUUCAUCUAUCUAUCUAUCCAUCCAUCCCUACCAGUUCAUUUCUAUCCAUCCAUCCAUAUCCACCAUCCAUCUAUCUAUCCCCAUCCAUCUAUCUCCCACCAUCAUUUCAUCCAUCCAUCCAUCCCCACUAUCAGUUCAUUUCCAUCCAUCUAUCCAUCUAUCCAUCCAUCCCUACCAUCUAUCAUCUAUCUAUCUAUCCAUCCAUCCAUCCAUCCAUCCAUCCCCACCAGUUCAUUUCAUAAUCUAUCUAUCUAUCUAUCCAUCCAUCCAUCCAUCCAUCCAUCUAUCCAUCUCUACCAUUCAUUAUCUAUCUAUCCUAUCUCAAUCUAUCUAUCCAUCCAUCCCCACCAGUUCAUUUCAUCCAUCUAUCCAUCCAUCCAUCUAUCCAUCCAUCCAUCCAUCCCCACCAGUUCAUCCCCAUCCAUCCAUCCAUAUCCAUCCAUCUAUCCCUACCAGUUCAUCCAUCCAUCUAUCUAUCUAUCUCUACCAGUUCAUUUCUAUCUAUCCAUCUAUCUCCACCAGUUCAUCCAUCAAUCCAUCUCAUCUAUCCAUCUAUCUAUCCAUCCAUCUCUACCAGUUCAUUCCAAUCCAUCUAUCCAUCCAUCAUCCAUCCAUCUCCACCAGUUCAUUUCAAUCUAUCCAUCUAUCCAUCUAUCUAUCUCUACCAGUUCAUUUCAUCCAUCCAUCCCAGUUCAUAUCCAUUCAUCUAUCUAUCCAUCUAUCUAUCUAUCUAUCAUCUAUCCAUCUAUCCAUCUAUCCAUCCAUAAAUCACCAGUUCAUUUUCAUCUAUCCAUCUAUCUAUCUAUCUCUACCAGUUCAUUUCUAUCUAUCUAUCCAUCUAUCCAUCUUUUUCAUUUCAAUCUAUCUCUACCAGUUCAUUUCUAUCUAUCUAUCUAUCUAUCUAUCUCUACCAGUUCAUUACUAUCUAUCUAUCUAUCUAUCUCUACCAGUUCAUUUCAAUCUAUCUAUCUAUCUAUCUAUCUAUCUAUCUAUCUAUCUACCAGUUCAUUUCAAUCUAUCUAUCUAUCUAUCUAUCUCUCACCAGUUCAUUUCAAUCAAUCCAUCUAUCUAUCUAUCUAUCUCUACCAGUUCAUCUAUCUAUCUAUCUAUCUAUCUAUCCAGUUCAUUUCUAUCCAUCAUAUCUAUCUAUCUAUCAUCUAUCUCUCACCAGUUCAUCUAUCUAUCCAUCUAUCUAUCUAUCUCUCUCAUCAUUCAUUUCCCAUCCAUCCAUCCAUCCAUCAUUUAUCUAUCUAUCUAUCUAUCUCUACCAGUUCAUAUCUAUCUAUCUAUCUCUACCAGUUCAUUUUCAUCCAUCCAUCUAUCUAUCUAUCUGAAUUCAUUCCAUCCAUCCAUCCAUCUAUCCCCACCAGUUCAUUUCAUCUAUCUAUCUAUCUAUCCAUCUAUCUCUACCAUUCAUCAAUCUAUCCAUCCAUCCAUCUAUCUCUAUCAGUUCAUUUCCAUCCAUCUAUCUCCAUCCAGUUCCUAUUUCAUAAUCCAUCCAUCUAUCUAUCUAUCUAUUCAUUUCUCUACCCAUCCAUCCAUCCAUCCAUCCAUCCUCACCAGUCAUUUAAUCUAUCCCAUCCAUCCAUCUACCAGUUCAUUUCUAUCUAUCCAUCUAUCCAUCCUCCAUCCCCACCAGUCCAUCAUCCAUCCAUCUAUCUACCAGUUCAUAUCCCCAUCCAUCAUCCAUCCAUCCAUCACCAGUUCAUUUCUAUCUAUCCAUCCAUCCAUCCAUCCAGUUCAUUUUUCCAUCCAUCCAUCUAUCCAUCUAUCCAUCUAUCCAUCCAUUUCCAUCCAUCCAUCUAUCCAUCCACCAGUUCUCAAUCUAUCCAUCCAUCUAUCUCUACCAGUUCAUUCCCCAUCCAUCCAUCCAUCUCCACCAUCAUCUAUCCAUCCAUCCAUCAUCCCACCAGUUCAUCCAUCUAUCUAUCUAUCUACCUUUCCAUCUCAUCCAUCCAUCCCCACCAGUUCAUUUCUCAUCCAUCUAUCUAUCUAUCUACCAGUUCAUUUCAUCCAUCCAUCCAUAAAUCUAUCAUCAUUUCCAUCCAUCAUCUAUCAGUUCAUUUCUAUCUAUCAUCCAUCCAUCCAUCCAUCUAUCAUCUAUACCUUUUCAUAAUCCAUCAAUCCAUCUAUCCAUCCAUCCAUCCAUCCAUCCCCAUCAGUCCAUUCAUCUAUCUAUCUAUCAUCCAUCUAGUUCCAUCAAUCCAUCCAUCCAUCUAUAUCUCUACCAGUUCAUUUCUAUCUAUCAUAUCUAUCCAUCCAUCUAUCCAUCUAUCUAUCCCCACCAGUUCAUAUCUAUCCAUCCAUCCAUCCAUCCAUCCAUCCCCACCAGUCCAUUUCUAUCCAUCCAUCCAUCCAUCCAUCCAUCUAUCCCUACCAGUUCCCCAUCCUAUCUAUCCCACCAGUUCAUUUCUAUCCAUCCAUCUAUCCAUCCAUCUCUACCAGUUCAUUUUCUCAUCUAUCCAUCUCUAUCCAUCCAUCUAUCAUCCAUCUAUCCAGUUACCAUUUCCAUCCAUCCAUCUAUCUCUCUACCAGUUCAUUUCAUCUAUCCAUCCAUCCAUCUCCACCAGUUCAUUCUAUCUAUCUAUCUAUAUCUAUCUCACCAGUUCAUUUCAUCUAUCUAUCUCACCAGUUCAUCUAUCAUCUAUCUAUCUAUCCAUCCAUCUAUCUAUCCAUCUAUCUACCAGUUCAUUUUCAUCUAUCUACCUAUCUAUCUAUCUAUCUCUACCAGUUCAUUUCUAUCUAUCUAUCUAUCUAUCUAUACCAGUCAUUUCUAUCUAUCUAUCUAUCUAUCUAUCUACCAGUUCAUUUCUAUCUAUCCAUCUAUCUAUACCAGUUCAUUUCUAUCUAUCUAUCUAUCCAUAUCCAUCUAUCUAUUACCAGUUCAUUUCAAUCUAUCUAUCUAUCUAUCUCUACCAGUUCAUUUCUAUCUAUCUAUCUCUACCAGUUCAUUUCUAUCUAUCUAUCUAUCUCUACCAGUUCAUUUCUAUCUAUCUAUCUAUCUCUACCAGUUCAUUUCUAUCUAUCUAUCUCUACCAGUUCAUUUCUAUCUAUCUAUCUAUCUAUCUAUCUCUACCAGUUCAUUUUCUAUCUAUCUAUCUAUCUAUCUAUCUAUCUCUACCAGUUCAUUUCUAUCUAUCUAUCUAUCUAUCUAUCUAUCUCUACCAGUUCAUUUCUAUCUAUCUAUCUAUCUAUCUAUCUCUACCAGUUCAUUUCUAUCUAUCUAUCUAUCUAUCUAUCUAUCUCUACCAGUUCAUUUCUAUCUAUCUAUCUAUCUAUCUAUCUAUCUAUCUAUCUAUCAGUUCUAUCUCACCAUUUCUAUCAUCUAUCUAUCUAUCUAUCUAUCUCAUCUAUCAUCUAUCUAUCUAUCUCUACCAGUUCAUUUCAUUCUAUCUAUCUAUCUAUCUAUCUAUCUAUCUCUACCAGUUCAUUUCUAUCUAUCUAUCUAUCUAUCUAUCUAUCUAUCUCUACCAGUUCAUUUCUAUCUAUCUAUCUAUCUAUCUAUCUAUCUAUCUCUACCAGUUCAUUUCUAUCUAUCUAUCUAUCUAUCUAUAA